AUGACUAAUACGAAUACUAAUAGUGAACAACAAACAUCAUCAUCUUCAAAUCGACAUGUUUCCCUAGCUAAUAUAGCAUCAGCAUUUAUAACCGAACGAAAAUCAUCAUCUCGUCGUCAGAGCGGUCGUCGUAAAAAACGUUUAACUGUCAAAAGUCGACGACAAUCAAAUCAUUUAGAACGUUGUGAUGGAUCGAUUGGAUCAGCUGAAGCUGCUGUACCAUUUGGAACAACAUCCACUAUUUGCACAACAAUACCGACUGUACAUUGUGCUCGGACUAUAUGUGUGACAAAAAAGAAAAAGUUUAUUCGAAAGAAUGAACAUCAGAAUAUUGUUAAUCAAAGUGUUGAGCAAUUAAUGUCAAAAAUAGAUAGAGAGAAGAAGAAAUGA